UCAAGUAAAGAAGUGGGGGGCGCGUGCUGCCGAGUAGAGAGAGGGAGAGAGAGAUGUAUAGAGAUGCGAAGAAAAUGCGACUUGAAAAGUUGAAAAUAGAUAUUAUAACUUAUUGGUGAUCAUAUGGGUUUCUCGACGGCGGGUGAUUAUUUAGAUAUCAAAAGAAAAAAGUUACCAAAUUGAAAAAAUUGUAUUUUUACUUUAGUUUAAAUUAUGAUAAGUAAAUCAUUGAUAAUAUUUAUUGAUUAGUCAGUUUUAAUACUAAUAUACACGUGUUCGUUAAAGAUUUGCAAACGAAAAAAAAGGAAAAGCCAUACUGAUAAGUACUCGACGAAGUAAUAAAUGGAAAGCAUAUGUCGAUUUUUCUGAUAAAGCGAGAAAUAAUUUGCCUUCGCUUUUGUUGAAGAGCAAAUAAUGCGGUCAUCGCUAACUCUACUACUUAGUCGCUCUAAGUAUAAUACAGAUGUGAAUUUUGAUCUAAAGAAUAAAAUAAUACAUUAUUCAUAUAAGUGUAUUGUAUUUAAAACAUUUUUCUUGCACUGAAUAUACAUCUUGGUUUUUAUUUAGGAUACUCGCAAUGAAAUUUCAAAUUUCGCACUUUAAAAAUGUUUACGCAUGCGCAUUUAAGAUGAAUGCUCCAAAAUAAAAGUCGUAUAUAACCUAUACAAGUCAAAACACAAAACUAAGACACCUCGUAUAUGUAUGUUCAUACGAGCAUUUGUUAAAACGGGAAGAUAUUAUUCAGUAAUUGCUCGAGAUAGAUUGAAUUAAUUCUCACAAAAAAUGGAUCCUGAUAGAGGAUCGUGCUGUCUAUCGUUCAUAGAUCGACAAAAGCAACUAAAUCAGCAGCUGUUGAAAAUCGAAAGGGAUCUGAACAAGCACAACAACCACAGAGAUUCGAACGUACCAAAAUUGGAGGAUCUAUGCACUAUUUCCCGGAAUAGGAACAAAAUUAAAGGUUUUCGAGGACGACAGAGUAUAUUCAAACGUCCUGAAGGACCAGCUCCCAAAACAAAUCUCAGACCUAUAGCAGACUAUCGAAGAAAUCCUACCAAAUGGACGUACUACAAUUUAGACAAUGUGUCAGAUAUAUCCGAUGAAAGUAACAGAGAAGCUGCAUUUGCAUUUUUAAACGACUUGAGGGAAAGGAGAGAAGUAGAAUCUCGGAAACAGAAUAAGAUCAAGGAGAAGUUGAAAAAUCAGCAAGCGAUAAUGGAUGUUGAGACAAACGAAGUAAACUCCCAAGAAGAUGAUGAGAUGGAGACAGAAGAGAGAUUCAAUGUAGAUGAUUCAGGCAAGGGUUCUAUAUCAUUUAAAAAGCCACAAAAGAAAGCGGAGCCAAUCGAACAAGCUAAACCAGAGUUUAGAGGCAACAAAGUUGUUAUGCCAGAAUAUACAUUUGGAACUAAGAAAGUUCAGAAGAAGAAAAAUCCUACACAAAGGAAUAAAUCAGAAAAAAUUGACAAAAAUAAAGAAUUGAGAUUGGAUCAUCUACAGAUAGAAGAAGAAGAAGAAGAAGAAGAUUAGCUUUUAGAUGAAAAGAUUUUGUACUGUAAAUAAUGUUUUUGAUUUAGGUUCUAGAAACUAGCUUUGCUUAUUGUUAUUAUAAUUAAUUUUCUUUUAUUAGCCAUAAUAUAGACAGCUAAUAUUAUUUAUAAUAUUCUUAAAAUAGGUCAUUCAUGCAUAAAAAAUUUUGUAAAUAUGUGAAAACGUUGAAAAAUGUUAGUAACAGUUUAUAAAUGAUUGUAAUACUUUUAUUCUAUUAUUGUACAUAGAAUAUUUGUCUUAAAGUGUCUGCAACUUCAUAUUUAAAAAUUAUAAAGGAUAAUAAAGCAAAAUAAUCAAGAA